AUGCGACAAUCAUUCGCAGUCAUUAUGGCUGCGUUAGCCUCGCCAUCACUCGCGUCCUCUCUUUCCGAACUAUGUACCGUCUCGAACCUAAAGGCUGCGCUGCCCUCUAAUGGAACCCUUUUGGGGAUCAAUAUGAUCCCAUCUUCCAUCACGGCUUCCACAGCGGUUUAUAACGCCAGCGCUAGCAUGGGAGGUGGACCAAUGCGUCGUGAUACCGAUACUUACAACUACUGUAACGUCACUGUCGCAUACACCCACGGUAGCAAGGGAGAUACAGUCAACCUCAAGUAUGCCUUUCCUGAUCCCGAAAACUUCAAGAGCCGAUUCUAUGUUGCGGGCGGAGGUGGUUACUCCCUCAAUACUGAUACCACUGGUGGCCUCAAGUAUGGAGCUGCCGCUGGAGCCACUGAUGGUGGAUACGACGCCUUCAACUACAGUCUCGAUGAGAAAUUUCUUCUUGGCAACGGUUCUAUUAACUGGGAUGCGACAUACAUGUUCUCUUACCAAGCUCUCGGAGAGAUGACGCACAUCGGAAAGUCCAUCACCAAGAAUCUUUAUGGCUUGUCAAAGUCGAGUAAAGUCUAUACCUAUUACGAGGGCUGCUCAGAUGGUGGAAGAGAGGGAAUGAGUCAGGUUCAACGAUGGGGCGACGAGUAUGACGGUGUCAUUGCUGGAGCUCCCGCUUUUCGCUUCGCACAGCAACAGGUCCUCCACGUCUACCCUGCCACCGUUGAGCACACUCUUGACUAUUACCCCCCUCCUUGUGAGCUCAAGAAGAUCGUCAACGCCACUAUCGAGGCCUGCGAUGCUCUCGAUGGAAGGAAAGAUGGCGUUAUCUCACGAACAGAUCUUUGUAAGAUUAACUUCAAACUCAAGUCACUCAUUGGCAAGAAGUAUUACUGUGCAGCUGAGACCAGUUCUUCACUUGGCUUUGGGUUCAGUAAGAGACAGGCUCCGGGCAGCCAGACGAGUAAUGCCCCCGAACAGAAUGGCACCAUUACUGCUGAGGGUGUUGCCGUUGCUCAGGCUAUUUACGAUGGUAUCUUCAACAGCAAGGACGAGAGAGCGUAUCUGUCUUGGCAGAUUGGCUCUGAACUGUCUGAUGGUGAGCCCACCUACGAUAACAACACCAACAAGUGGACUCUGAACAUCCCCUCUACUGGUGGCAUGUACGUUGCAAAGUUCAUCGAGCUUCUCGACCUCGAUAACCUUGAUAACCUCAACAAUGUCACAUAUGACACCUUAGUAGACUGGAUCAACACUGGUAUGGUCCGUUACUACGACAGUCUACAGACUACUCAUCCCGACCUCACAGCCUUCCAGGAAGCUGGUGGUAAGCUCCUCCACUACCAUGGAGAAUCUGAUCCCAGCAUCCCCGCAGGUUCUUCAGUUCACUACUGGCAGUCUGUCCGAUCCAUCAUGUAUCCGAAACUGUCCGAUGAGAAGGCACAAAAGGCUCUUUCUGAAUGGUACCAGUUCUAUCUCGUUCCUGGAGCCGGUCACUGUGGCACCAACUCUCUUCAGCCAGGUCCUUAUCCUCAGAACAAUAUGAACGUUAUGAUUGAUUGGGUCGAGAAUGGCAAGCAACCGUCGAGGCUUAAUGCGACUGUUUCUUCAGGCGACUACAAAGGAGAGACACAGAUGCUGUGUCAGUGGCCGAAGCGACCUCUUUGGAAGAAUGAAAAGAGGUUUGAGUGUGUGAAUGACGAGAAGUCAGUCGAGAGUUGGACAUACAGUUUCAAUGCUUUCAAGAUUCCUGCGAUUGACAUAAGCAUACAAUCUCACAUGGGCUCUCCAAACCCGAGUGAUGAGUCGCUACCAUCACCAAUACCCCAACAGCAGCCGAAAACCCAACGAUCACGAGGCGGAUGUCAGACGUGUCGGGUAAAAAAGGUCAAAUGCGAUGAGACGCGCCCGAUUUGCCGACGAUGCACCCGCCUGGAAUUGAGUUGCGACUAUACGCGCAUCCCACGCAAAAAGUACACCAGACGCGUUAUCGCAUCUCCAGUUGCGUCGACUCCUGCAAACCUGAUCGCCAGCGCAGAUGUGGCGUCGACGCCUAGCACCAGUUUCACAACCCCUGGUGAUCAUCCAUAUUCUGGGGAGGCUUACUCCGCAGGCCUUGGAGGUGGUCCGUUAUCCGAUACUCAGAGUGCAGAUAUCAGUCUGCCACCACUCGGUACCAUUGCCGACGACGGCCUCGAACUUGAACUCUCACCCGACUGCGCCGCUAUUUUGUUCCCUUCCGAUCACUCGGCAAUCCACUUCUUCCGAUUUGUCCUUCCAGGCAUGGUUGGUACACGGAUAUCAAUGCACAGCGGUCCUGGGCUGGUCUGGAAGUUGGCCCAGCAGAGCCCCAUGGUUCUUCACAUGGUCUGCGCAGUCAGUGGCCAGUCCUGGUCUGAGAAGACUACUGGCUCUGAGUCAGAUGCUGAAUUCAGACGAAUGAGAGCUAUCCAACACUAUAGGGAUGGCCUACAGAUGCUGGCUGCGGCUACGCAGAUCCCCAGCGAGAUAACCUAUCUUCCACCUGUUCUGGCUACCUUAUGGCUCAUGCUCUUGUAUGAACUCAAGUUUGGAGACGGCUGCGGCAUUGGCUUUGAUGCGCACCUGAGAGGCGCCACCUCAAUACUACUGGGGCGAUCGCAACUCACCAGCAACGAAACUAACGAAGCGCAUAUGUCACACAUCAUCAAAGCUGAGAGCUUUUGCCCUGUCUCCUGCAAGAUACUCAUAUGGCUCUCGCACGCCGAUGGAGGUGCUGUUCUGAAUGGCUUUGGCGGGGCAUUCAACAACCUUCUGGGAGACUCUUCAUCCGGCAUGUCCGAGAGUGAAGCGCAAAGUCGCUUGGAACGCGUCAGACAACUGCAAAAGCGAUCUGUUCUUGCCAACUAUGACUUGUGGGGGAGAUCAUAUCCCCAGACGGAACUGCUGGAGGACCUACAGUGUAGUGACCUAUCAUGUUUCGACGCUGAGUCUGCUCAGCUGAAGUUUAUGGUCGGUGCUUUAGCCGCAGCCGAGUAUAGUGACAAGGUCCCCCACGGUUCGUGGAGGCAGUCUGUUGCAGGUGCCAUUCGCAGUGUCAGAUAUAGAUAUGGAGAGUUGAUCAGUGUGGCCAACCGCCUUGAACUACCCAAUGAUGGACCCCAUCUGCGAUUCGUAAUGGAGUUGCAGUCGGUCGUUUCCUGCUUCCACGCCAUCUUUGUUUGUUUCCUCCGCAUUAUCCACGGAAGUAAAGCAAUGGUAUCAGAGCAGCGUGAGACCAUGAAAGAGAUCAUGUCACUGGCAUUCAAGGUUUAUCGAGAUCAAGGAGAACCGGGUCUAGCGCGGCUAGGCUGGCCAUUAUUCGUGGUCGCUAUCGAGUCAGACGAUAUACUCCAUAGAUCUUGGGUGCUGGACCGGUUUAGCGAGCUUGCAUCGCAUGGGGAGAACUAUCGGCAGGCUUAUCAAGCUAUACGGGUUGCUGUGGCAGCGAUAUCCAGCUCUACCAAAACCAUGUGGUCGCCAACCGGUAUCAUUGGGCCUUUUCAGCCCAAAUCGAGUCGACUUACAGUCAUGCUUCUCGUUGCAACCGCAGCUGUCUACGCAACGACUGCCGGUUACGACUCUGCGCUCAUGAGCGGAAUCAACAUCAUACCCUCAUAUACUGAGUUCCUGAACCUCAACACUACUACUCGAGCUUUGAACGUGUCUGCAAACUUCAUUGGAUGGGGCAUUGCAUCCUUGACCAUGGGUCCCGUUGUCAAUGCGAUUGGCCGCAAGAACUCCAUUUUGGUGGCUCUCUUGACCAAGCUUUUCAGUAUUGGAUUGGUUGCUGGCUCCCAGGACUUUGCCAUGUUCCUUUCCGGUCGAAUCAUUCUGGGCUUGGCGUCUGGACUAUCCAGCAUUGCCGGUUCGACUUGGCUCGCGGAGACUCUUCCACCUAAGAUUCGCGGGCUCGGUCUAAGCAUUACCUUCUCCGUCUACUACGUUGGUGCCUUGAUCUCUGCAGGCAUCACCUAUCGUACUGCCGAAAUCUCCGGAGAGUGGUCCUGGCGCCUUCCUAUUCUUCUACAGAGCAUGUUCUCCUUGAUCUGCAUCUUCUGCCUCCUCUUAACUCCCGAAUCACCCCGGUGGCUUGCCCAUCAAGAUAUGUUGGAGGAGGCUCUCCAAGUCAUAGCGUCAAUCGCCGCCAAUGGAGAACAGUCAAACCAGGAAGUUUGCGAGCAAUAUCAAGGCAUGGUCGAUAGCAGAGAAAGAGAGAGAAGUGAAGGCAAGACAGCAUCAUACACUGAGCUUUUCACGACUCGCAGUGCUCGGAGGCGAGUCAUGCUUGCCGUUUCAGUAGCUGUCAUCGUCAUGGCGAGCGGAAAUAACAUUGCAUCAUUUUUCCUUGGGGACAUGCUCACGAACGCUGGAAUCACCAAUAGAACUACACAGCUACAAAUCAACAUUGUACUGCAAUCUUGGUGUCUCGUUUGUGCAAUGAUAGGGACGUUUCUGAUGGAUAGAGCUGGCCGAAAGACGCUCUGUCUCUCUGCUUGCGUCGGAAUGACCAUCUUGAUGUUUGUUAUCGGUGCACUGACAAAAGCUUUCAGCACUAGCCAAGAUCUCGCUGGGAUCUACGGGACUGUCGCUUGUAUCUUCCUCUUCAUGGGUGCAUACAGUGUCGGCAUCACUCCUAUUACGCAGCUGUACCCUCCUGAAGUUCUAAGCUACUCUAUCCGUACUAACGGAAUGGCUAUAUGGGCUGGAACAAUUGCUAUAUUUGCUAGCUACAGUAUUGGAACCACUCUUGUGUUCCCCAUCGCGCUUGAGGCUAUCUCCUGGCGCCUCUACUUCAUCAUCGGAGCUUGGGAUGUCCUAGAGACCAUCUUUGUUGCUGUGUUUUGGGUCGAAACAAAAGGACUGUCUCUCGAGGAGAUUGACGAGUUGUUUGAAGGGGUAGUUUACAACGGCCAUGGAGUUGCUGAGGUUCGUGAAGAUGGGGUCAUGACUAAGGAUCAAGAUGGGAAGGAUCGAUCUGUCUCUAUUUCGCAAUCGGCCACGGAGUAG